AUGGCCUUAUGCAUAUCAUUUGGAGAAUCAUCGACAACGACAGUAUCAGCGCACGUUUUGCUUCUUCGAUUUUUUGACAAAACCAUUGAGAGUUUCAAGUACAAUGUUGGUAAUUUAUUCUUUAGCAUCUUACCUUGUGAGCCCACUUCAGAUCUAAAUGCAAGGAGGACUGGUGGGCAAGGAAUGGAUGCUGUUAUUGGCGAUGGCUUUUCGAAUGAUAAGCAAUGCGAUGGUAGAGGAGGAGACCCACUAGUUUUUAAUAUAUUGGAUUCAAUGCUUAAGGGUAGUUUGGAGCGUUUGAAAUCGAUGAGGGAGAGUAUCUAUUUGGUGAAGAAUGGUGUUACAGGACAUGUGUUGGAUGUUAAUUAUGGAGGAACCGAAGCCAUAAGGGAUUUGUGUCUGGAGGGUAAGUUGGGACCAGCUUUAUGGCUAAGGAGUAAAAUGAUUCAGAAAGGUUUUGUUCCUGAUGUGCUGACACACAAUUAUAUGGUAAAUGGGCUGUGUGAAAUGAGGGAGUUGGAGAAGGCAGAUUGGCUUAUUAGGGAGAUGCAAGAAAAGGGUCCAUCUCCCAAUUGUGCCACAUAUAAUGCUUUUAUCAAAGGUUAUUGUCUUCACAAUAAAGUUGAUAAAGCACUAUAUCUCUUUUCUUCUAUGGCUAAUAGUGGUAUCAAACCAAAUAGAGUUACUUUUAACACACUUGUGCAUGCUCUUUGCAAGAGAGGCCUUGUGACUGAUGCUAAGAAGCUUCUUGGAGAGAUAUUAGAUGAUGAUGAAAAGGCAACAUCAAACGUGAUCACCUCAACUAUACUUAUGGAUGGUUGUAUCAAGAGUGGAGAUAUAGAUCAGGCACUUGGUAUCUGGGAUUCAUUGUUUGAAGAGAGUACCCCAGUUGAUGUUAUCUCAUAUAAUGUUCUUAUCCGCGGAUUCUGUUUGGCUAGAGAAAUGAAACUUGCAUAUAGCUAUUCUUGUCAAAUGCUUAAAAGAGGUCUACUGCCUGAUGUCUUCACAUAUAACACUCUUGUAUCUAGUCUUUGCAAGAGUGGAAAAUUUGAUGAGGCUUGUUACAUCCAUGGUGUGAUGUUAAGAAUGGGAGUUGCUCCAGAUGGGAUUUCAUACAAAGCAAUAAUUCAGGGCCUAUGUGUUUGUGGGGACGUAUAUAAGGCUAACGGGUAUCUUAAUUUUAUGUUAGAGGAAUCAAUGAUACCAGAGCCUCUUGUGUGGAACCUUAUUAUUGAUGGUUAUGGGAGACGUGGAGAUCUUGGCAAUGCAUUUGCCAUAAGAGAUCACAUGUUGUCUUUUGGUGUCGUACCAAAUGUGUUCACUUACAAUGCUUUGAUUCAUGCACAAGUAAAAAUAGGAAACGUUUUUGAUGCAUAUGUUCUGAAAAAGGAGAUGCUUCUAAAGGGCCUUUUUCCGGAUGUGGUUACAUACAAUCUUUUGAUAGGUGCAGCUUGUAAUGCGGGACACAUUCGUUUUGCUCUUCAAUUAUAUGAUGAAAUGCUGAGAGGCGGAUAUAAACCAGACAUGAUAACUUACACUGCACUCAUAAGAGGUUACUGUAUAAAGGAUUAUGUAAAGGAGGCUGAGGAACUUCUAUUUAAGUUAAAGAAUUCUGGUUUACCAAUUGAUCAUGUUCCAUUUCAAAUAAUAAUGAAGCAGUACUGCAGAAUGAAGGAGCCUGAUAUGGCAUUUCAGCUCUAUCAGAAGUGGUUGGCUGGAAACAAAGACUUUCCUAUUUGA